AGGGUAAAUCGAGGACUGAACCAAAGAGUGAUGACAGAUACAUUUUUGUUUUCGUCUCUUUUGGUUUCGGCCAAUCUCGACCGCCACUCCGCUAAUCUGCAUGUUUCCCAUGAGGCCGUGCGUUUUUAAUCCUGUCGGCGAUGACAAAGAGGAGGAGGAGGAGGAGGAGGAGGAGGAGGAGGGAGCAGAGGGACGAGCAGCAGAGGAGACCACAGAGGAGACGACUCUUUGUGUUGUCAAGGACUGAAGGAUGAUUUAGACACUUCCUGGUCCUGGUUCACUGGACGCUCUCACUCUCUAUCGUCUUCAUCCUCACUGACUGAAUCAUCCUGAUGAAGAGGAGGAGGCUCAGCUGAUGACACUCUUCACCUCACACUCCUUCAUUGGACCGGACAGUGUCAGCACUUCUCUAUGUUCCCUUGUUCUAAUGUUGAAGAGAGAGGAGGUCAGAGGUCAAUCGAUCGAUUCAUUUUACAGGAAGAUUCUUCUGUGGAUCCUGAAAGAUCUGGAUUUCAAAACAAGAAUAAAAAGACAGGAAAUCGUUUUCUCAGUGGGAGUUUGUUGAAUGAAAAAGUUUUGGUGAAACAGCACCAGAGACGUUUGAUGUGAGGAAACAGGAACAGGAAGUAAACAGAGGGUGAUGAUUUCCUGCACAGAGUGUAUCUGUCCAGCUGAAGACAGCAGCCCCCCUGCUGGACGGAGGAGUUUUGUGAGUUUCACCUCCAUCAGAGACUUGCUCAGGUCGAAGGAGCCUCACGUCAGGACGAUGGACGGAGUGAACGAGGAGGUGCAGGUGUCUCGUCUGCAGAUGGAGAGAGAGAGCGACGAUAAAACCCCUACAGAGCACAAGUGUCCUGCUGUGUGCGACAGUCUCCACAGUUCUGUUCACUCCAAAGAAAACAGUCCGACGAUGAGAGCUGUGCUGUGUGCUCAGGUGUGUAAGGUGUACAGGUUUCUGACGGAGGAUCAGCGAUGGCUGCUCGUCAGGGAACAGAUGUCGGAGACGCCGCUCUCCUUCUCUUUACCCAAACAGCUGCUGAGAGCGCUCAUACACGAGCACACACUCAGAGUCCAGGAAGUGAAGGAGCUCGGUGACCUGUCGCCCCACUGGGACGGACUCCGCCAUGAUGUCAUCAACCACUGUCACUGCCUGAUUGGCUGUUACCAGGAGACGCUGGCCGAGCUCGACAAACUCUCGGCGUCGACCUGCUUUAAGUCGAGCAGCAGUAAAUCAGACCUACACCUUCAGUUUGUCCCGACCAAUCUGCACUCACAGAGGAUGGAGGUCACCAACCCCAACAGCACGGGUGUUUGGUAUGAUGUCAUAACGUUCGGCGCUCCGGCUCAUCACCACCAGACCUUCAAACAUGGCGGAUUGAAAAAGCUGCUGAGCAAACACACCAAGUACAGGGAGAGCUCCGUGUCGUACUCUCAGGACGAGAGCUCCAGAGCCAGGGAGCUGCUGACCAGCGUGGCCCAGCUUCAGCCUCUCGUCUUCGGCUGCGCUGAGGAGCUGCUCGCUGUGUCUCUGGAGCUGAACGCCGCUCGUCUGCAGCAGGUGCUGGACGGCCUUCGUCGACAGACGGAGCAGUUUGUCCACGCUCUCAAAGACGAGCUGGUGAAAAUCGCUCUGUCGGCGAUUCACAACCAGGUCACCGCCAACUGUAGCGGCAGCCAUGUCCACAGCAACGGAGUGCUCUGUGAAAACUCAGCCAAUAGGGAAGGGCCGUCUUCCAUUGGUCAACAGGACGACGUCCGACGUGACGUGGCGUACGACGAGGAGGAGUGGGACAGGGCGUGGGCGAACGUCGCCAUGAGCCUGAACUGCAUCAUCGCCAUGGUCGACCGGCUGCAGGGGCGGGAGCAGCGCCAUCUGGAGGUGACUUCAGCAGAGCAGCAGGAGUCACCGACAAAUGCUCACAACAGCGCCUCCUCCUCCUCCUCCACUGCGUUCUCCUGGCAGGAGCAGCUGCUCCCUCUGGUGGUCACUCUCAGGGAUUGUGUGCGCGAGGCUGUGGCGAAGGCGCGAGCUGCCAUGACCUUUGUGGUCCUGCAGGGUGCUGUGGCCCUGACUGUCGACCAGGGGCCCGCACAGAUCGUCCAGAGACGCCACGCCGUCUUCAGCCAGGCGCUCUCUGCGCUCGUGUGUGGUUUCACAUUGAAGCUGAACGUCGGUCUGGAAGAUCCCGACUUCCUGCGGCAGCUCCACUCCGUCGGAAUCCUGGCUCAGUUUGAAAGUCUGCUCAGCACCUAUGGUACACACACGCGCACACGCACACACACACGCACGCACACACGCACACACACACACACACACACACACACACACACACACACACACACACACACACACACACACACACACACACUUAACACACACACACACACACACACACUACACACUAACAGGGGUGUGUCCUUCAACCAGGGCAGUUUUGUUGUCGAGGUCCAGUUGACCCCGGAGAUGUUCGGCCUGUUGCCACGGGAACUAAAAGAGGGGGGUUUGAUACGGGUCCAUCCGGUUCUGUUUAACAUCGGGAUCAACCAGCAGCAGAGUCUGGCUGAGAGGUUUGGGGACAGCUCGCUGCAGGACACAGUGAAUCAGCAGAACUGUGAGCGUCUGAGACUUUACUGUAAAACACUGAGGGACCAGCUGCCUCACAUGGCUGCUGUCGAGUCUCUGUCCGACUUGUUGUCGUCUCUUGACCGAAGCAUCGACACCAGGAAGAAGAAGAAUGUGGAGGUUCUGUGGAUCGCUGCUACGGUGUGUCGUACGGUGAACGGCGUUCGUCUGACGAGCUGUAAAAGUGCUAAAGACCGCACGGCGAUGUCAGUGACUCUGGAACAAUGUGUGUUACUGAGAGAACGACACACACUCAGUGAGCAGCAUUUCAACACUGCACUGGACUGCAUGAGGAGGGACGGCUGCAGGAUGGAGAACGUGCUGAAGAACGUCGGCAGCAGGAAGUUCGCCUUUAGCGGCGUUCAGCUCCUCACUUUCCCCAAACUGUACCGACCUCCUGACGGCAGCUACGGCUCCGCCCCCUGACAAAUCCACUUCCUGUACAAAGGCUUUUACUGUGUAAAGUCAGUUCUGUGUUUUAUAUGAAUGUACUUUUUAUUUUAAUGAGCCAAACACACACAUGGUGUCAUGUUCAUUUCAGAAUAAACAUCAUGAAAGUGUCAUAUUUUAAAUUUAAAUGUUUAAUCUUUGUCCGUCUACAAACCUUCAUGAUUUAAUCCACGUGACACGUUUCCUCCUCUUCAUCAUCUGACUUUUUAUUUUGCUUUAAAGCUGCAAACACACAUUUAAUGAAUCUAGUGACAGAGACGUUAUCGAGCUCAGAGGGAAAAAACAUUUAAUAUUUAAAACAAGGUUUAUAAAAUAUGAAGCAUUGUUCACAUUAAGUAUUUUGAGUAACAUCUCACAGAAGUGAGUCAUUGAUUCAUCAGAAACUGUUUUGAUCAAGAAACAUUUUAAUAUAUUCUUUGUAUUUUCUUUAUUUUAUCGAUUUUAUUUUCUCAUAUAUAAAGAUCAGAUGUAUAUGUCUUUGUUGGAAAUUAUUAAAUUGUUUUGAAAAAUUAUUUAUAAAACAUAUUUAAGAGAUAAAUGAUAUAAUAGAAAUGUCAGAAAUGAUCAAUAUUUUCUGUAUAGUUUAUUAAUUUCAUUAUUUUUGGGGAAUUUUAAUUUAAUGUCAUUCAUAACUUGGAGUAUUACAUUUUUUUGUAAAUAAACUUAUGUAAACUAAAUAAACUAUUUAAAGAGCA